CGGGGCGGGGCGGCACCUCCUCUUCCGCGCGCCCCGCGCAGCGGGAGCCCAGCCCGAGCCGGCCGAAACCGAGCCCAGCCCGAGCGGUGCGGAGCCCGCGGUGGGCCGGCAGCCGCGGCCCCUGGCCCGACCCGAGCGAGCGCCGCCGCGCCCCGCCCGGUCGGCAAGAUGUCGGUGAAGGAGGGUGCGCAGCGCAAGUGGGCCACGCUGAAGGAGAAGCUGGGGCCGCAGGACUCGGACCCCACGGAGGCCAACCUGGAGAGCGCGGAGCCCGAGCUGUGCAUCCGGCUGCUGCAGAUGCCCUCCGUGGUCAACUACUCGGGCCUGCGCAAGCGUCUGGAGAGCAGCGACGGCGGCUGGAUGGUGCAGUUCCUGGAGCAGAGUGGCCUGGACCUGCUGCUCGAGGCCCUGGCGCGCCUGUCCGGCCGCGGGGUGGCCCGCAUCGCCGACGCCCUGCUGCAGCUCACCUGCAUCAGCUGCGUGCGCGCCGUCAUGAACUCGCAGCAGGGCAUUGAGUACAUCCUGAGCAACCAGGCCUACGUGCACCAGCUCUCCCUGGCUCUGGACACGUCCAACGUGAUGGUCAAGAAGCAGGUGUUCGAGCUGCUGGCCGCCUUGUGCAUCUACUCCCCCGAGGGCCACAUGCUGACCCUGGAUGCCCUGGACCACUACAAGACGGUGUGCAACCAACAAUACCGCUUCAGCGUCAUCAUGGCUGAGCUCUCCGACAGCGACAACGUGCCCUAUGUCGUCACCCUGCUCAGUGUGAUCAACGCCAUCAUCCUGGGCCCCGAGGACCUCCGCACCCGCAGCCAGCUGCGCGGGGAGUUCAUCGGGUUGCAGCUGCUGGACAUCCUGACACGGCUACGGGACCUGGAGGAUGCCGACCUGCUGAUCCAGCUGGAGGCCUUCGAGGAGGCCAAGGCUGAGGACGAGGAGGAGCUCCUGCGCGUCUGUGGGGGCAUCAACAUGAACAGCCAUCAAGAGGUCUUCGCUUCUGUGUUCCACAAGGUGAGCUGCUCCCCAGCCUCUGCCCAGCUGCUGUCCAUGCUGCAGGGCCUCCUCUACCUGGAGCCCACCCUCCCCUCCAGCCAGCUGCUCUGGGAGGCUCUGGAGAACCUGGUGAACCGGGCCGUGCUCCUGGCCAGUGACGUCCAGGAAUGCACCCUAGAAGAGAUGGUGGAGCGGCUCCUGUCCGUCAAGGGGCGGCCACGCCCAAGCUCCCUGAACAAGGCCCACAAGAGUGUGCAGGCCGACCUAGGCCAGAGUCAGAAGGGCAGCAUGCCCCAAAACAGUGGUGCCCUGAAGGCGGGUGUGGAGGGCCGCCAGCCCGAGGCCGACCUCACCAGCCUGCACACCGUCGACGUCCAGGGCUUGAGCAGCAUGGUCGCCCCACAGCAGCGGGCGCCCACCCCAGUCCCACCUGCACCCCCACUCCCCGGCUCCCCUGCAGUGCCUCCUCCCCCACCCCUACCUCCCCCACUGCCAAGCCUGGGGGCCCUGGCCCCCCCACCCCCUCCCCCACUGCCAGGCCUGGGGGCCCCGCCACCCCCUCCCCCACUGCCAGGCCUGGGGGCCCCCCCACCUCCACCCCCUCCCCCACCCCCGCUGCCUGUCUCGGUUGGGGCCCUACCUCCCCCACUCCCGGGCACAGGGUGCCCCCCUCCCCCCCCACCCCUGCCGGAUCUGUCUGGCUCCUCUAGGGUGGGUGGCGAGGACAUCAUUGUGGCCCACGUGAGCCACGGCCUAGACUCUGCCUGGGUCCCAAGCCACCGGCGAGUAAACCCUCCCACUCUGCGCAUGAAGAAGCUCAACUGGCAGAAGCUGCCGUCCAGGGUGGCACAAGAGCACAACUCCAUGUGGGCCUCGCUGAGCAGCCUGGGUGCCGAGGUCGUGGAGCCGGACUUCUCCAGCAUCGAGCGGCUCUUCUGCUUCCCCCAGGCCAAGCCCAAGGAGCACGUGGCCGCCCCGGCCAGGAAGGAGCCCAAGGAGAUCACUUUUCUGGACUCCAAGAAGAGCCUGAACCUCAACAUCUUCCUGAAGCAGUUUAAAUGCUCCAACGAGGACGUGACUGCUAUGAUCCGGGCUGGGGACACCACCAAAUUCGACGUGGAGGUUCUCAAGCAGCUCCUCAAGCUCCUUCCUGAAAAGCACGAGAUUGAAAACCUGCGCUCCUUCACAGAGGAUCGGGCCAAGCUGGCCAACACCGACCAGUUCUACCUCCUGCUGCUGGGCAUUCCCUGCUACCAGCUGCGGGUGGAGUGCCUGCUACUGUGUGAGGGCACGGCUGUCGUGCUGGACAUGGUGCAGCCCAAGGCCCGGCUGGUCCUCGCGGCCUGCAACAGCCUGCUCACCAGCCACCGGCUGCCCAUCUUCUGCCAGCUGAUCCUGAAAAUUGGAAACUUCCUUAACUACGGCAGCCACACGGGGGACGCUGAUGGCUUUAAGAUCAGCACGCUGCUGAAGCUCACGGAAACCAAGUCCCAGCAGAGCCGCGUGACCCUACUGCACCACGUGCUGGAGGAGGUGGAGAAGAACCACCCAGACCUCCUGCAGCUGCCCCGGGACCUGGAGCAGCCCUCCCAGGCAGCGGGGAUCAACCUUGAGCUCAUCCGUUCCGAGUCCAGCACCAACCUGAAGAAGCUUCUGGAGAUAGAGCAGAAGGUGUGGUCCUCCAUCCCUGAGGUGCAGGAACAGUACACCCAGCGCGUCCAGGCCAGCAUCAAGGCCUCCCGGGCGCUGGAUGAGGUGUUCCAGGCCAUCGAGCAGAAGAAGCUAGAGUUGGCCAGUUACCUGUGUGAGGAUGCUCAGCAGCUGUCCCUGGAGGACACAUUCAGCACCAUGAAGACCUUCCGGGACCUCUUCAUCCGCGCCCUGAAGGAGAACAAGGACUGGAAGGAGCAGGCGGCGAAGGCUGAGAGGAGGAAGCAGCAGCUGGUGGAGGAGGAGGCGCGGAGGCCGCGGGGGGAGGACGGGAAGCCUGUCAGGAGGGGAGUCGGGAGGCAGGAGGAAGUCUGUGUCAUCGACGCCCUGCUGGCUGACAUCAGGAAGGGCUUCCAGCUGCGGAAGACGGCCCGUGGCCGAGGGGACGCAGAGUGGGGCAGCAAGGCGGCCGCCGUGGACCCGCCGAGGGACAAGGCGCCUGUGGCCCCCAGAGUCCCCUCAGGAGGCACCGGCUGCCCCACCUCUGAGCCCCGGGGCUGGGACCUCUCAGAUGCCACUGCCCCAAGCCCGCAGCCCACUGCAGACCCGUCAGAGGAGGGCGGGCCUGGGCCCCUGGAGAGGCGUUCUUCCUGGUACAUGGAUGCCAGCGAUGUCCUGACCACCGAGGACCCUCAGAGCCCCCAGCCUUCUCAGGGCGCCUGGCCCGUGGUGCUGGGAGGUGCGCAGGCCCUGAAGCCUCUCAAGCUCUCUGGUGACAAGCCUCCCGGGGUCAGAGGGUCGAGCCAAGAUGCUGAAGACCCCACAGCCCCUGAGGGCGUCGGCCUGGCCGAGGCCGACAGCACCGUGGAGGGGCCGCCGGACGCCGCUGCCCACGGCCGCAGUGCCGACCUCCCCGCCACAGGCCCUGGCGUGGCCGGGGACGGCGACGGGGACCAGGAGGACACAGCCCCAGAUUCUGCACUGGACACAUCCUUGGACAGGUCCUUCUCUGAGGACACAGUCACGGACUCUUCAGGGUCCGGCACUCUCCCCAGGGCCCGGGGACAGGCCUCAAAGAGGACGGGCAAGCGAAGGAAGAAGCGUCCCUCAAGGAGCCAGGAAGAGGUUGUCCCUGACUCUGACGGUAGUAAAACACAAAGACUCUGUGUGAUUCAGUGAGGCCUCAGCCUUAAGCCCAAAGCCAAGUGAGCGUGCCCGCGGCCGGCCCCCGCACAGCAGCGGGCCCCUGGACGUGCUGCUGAGUGGGGCUCCUCCAGGGCCAGGCUGGAACUGGGCCCCUGAGAAACCAAAACUCUGUGCCUUACCCUCCAGGGAGGUGGGCCUCCCAGAGCUGCUUGGGGGCACUGUGGCCGAGACCCCAGCAGGCACCAGGGCCCGGCCCCCCGGCCCCCUCCUGGACAGCCUGCACGCCCCCAGCCCUCUGUGGUCUGCUUUCUGAAUGCCAAUGCCCACGCCUGCACCUGCAUGCACCACAGCACCCCCACGGGCACGUGGGCGGUGCCUGUGUCCCCAGGGCGCCUCUCAGCUUGCGCCCUGCCCUCCAGCCACCUGGCACCCAGAUGCUUCUAGAGACAGGCCCUCGCAGACCUCAGACCUCUCCCCACAAAGCCAUGGGAGCCAGGCAGAGCUGGAGCCCCCACACCCCUGCCCGCUGCCUCCUUACCCAGCCCCGGGCCCCUGCUCCCAGCUCUGCCUCUCAACUGGUUUGGCUGGGCUGGAACUGAGUGGAUUUUAACUGAAAGAGGAUUGUUUAUGCAUCUCUGCUCUUCUGGGGUAGCUGAGUUGGGCAUAGGUGGCGGGGGGAGGACCCUAGGGCCUGGGGUAGGGGCAGGCUGGCCAGCAUCACCACGAACAGGCCAUGGUCCCCCCGCUCAGCAAACGGAGGGCGCCUCCCCCCGGGGCUGGCCCCCCUCCCGGUACACCCAGCCCUGGCUGCCACGGCCGGGGCCUGGCCACCUUGUCGCCAGAACGACUCUCCCUACCGCUGCCUCCUCCAGAGGGACCGGGCUCUCCCCGCGCUGGGCUGAGAGGAGGCCGAGGACCCAGGCCUGGCGGCUGCCAGCUCCCCCUGCCCCACCCCUGCCCCAGGCGUGUGCUCCCGAGGCUGGCGUCUGAGAGGCUCAGACCAAUAAAGAAGAAAAGAGCUGGCCCCGGGAGCGGCGGCGUGGCGUUUAGGAGCAGCGGGCAAACGUGCAGUGACCUCUCCCAGCGGCUGUGCGGACGCGGGCCUGCCUGCUCCCAAAACACCCCCAGGACCGGAGCAGAGCAGGUGCCAGACAGACCCCAGAGUGGGGGCGAGGGGAGCCCAGAACGUCCAUGCAGAAAUCUCACCCGCGGAGUCUUCAGCGGAUUUACAAGGCCUUCAAGCACCGUGAUCCAGUUCUAGAAUAUUCCAUCAUCCCCCCGAAGUUCCCUUAGCAGCCACUCCCCAUGCUGCCUCCCCCAGCCCCCAAAUCUGCUUUCUCUCUCCAUAGAUUUGCUUUCUGUGGACGUUUCCUAUAAAUGGAGUCCCGCUACGUGGCCUUUCGUGGCCGGCUUCUCCUACGUAGCGUGUUCUCGAGAUUGACCGUGUUGUAGCGUG